GUAUAAAGUUCAUUGUGUUAUUUUUAUGAUUGAGUUUAGUAAUAUAAUAUGGCUAAGCGGAGGUAUAGGGGGAGGGUUAAAAGAUGAUAAAAGUUAGGAAGGCGUCCACUUUAAUGUGAAAUCCACCGUUGUGGUACAGCAAGGUUGCGCACUGACUUUACCCGUGACUCAGGGAUGAGUUUAGGUUGUUGCAUCAUUUCCUUAAGACGUAAAAGCGUCAUUCACAGACGGGCGGAGACUGACCAGACCACCACGUUAGUGGCAAAGUCAAAAAAGCAGCGAUCAGGAGAGUGCAGGGAGUUAACACGAGAGUUCUUCAGACGAGCUGCCGGAGAAUUCAGACGUUGUGACCUCUUAAAAAGGAAAUACUAAGUGAAGAGUAGGAAAACAAUUACCAGUACACACAACAAGUUUUGUGAAAACAAAGAAAGAUCAAGAAAAGACAUUCAACUACGUGAACAGAACUUUGCUUACACUACUUUUUCCUUUUUUUCUGUUUUUAUUUAAGCCAGCAAUAUGUGUACAAUUUAACAGCACAGGUUAACUUAUGUUUCUUCCUCUUCGGUAUUACUGCUGCUUCACUGCCUGCUUAUCUGCCUUAUUUUGACACCUAACAACACAGCAGUCCUAACUUCAUCAAGAAGAAUAAAAAGACAAAAGAAUAAGAUAUAGCUGGAACAUUUUUACAUCAGCACCACUACUUCCUUGUUUUUUAUUAACUUUAGAAGACAUGAAUUUCAAACUGAAUUUUCUUAAAAACAUUUUUUUACUCCCUCUUUACUUGUUGAUAUGGCUGUAUACAAUCUUUACUUUUAUUCCAUGGUAUUUUCUUACCGAUGCUCAAAUGAAAAGGACAAUGGCAAAACGGAUAAAGGCAAAGUCAACAUCAGGGAAGCAAUCAGGCCCUUACCGAUCUGUGGACCGCUUUGACUGCCUGUCUACAAUGGACUUUCCUGGAGUUGAUACCUUGGAUAAGUUGUUCGAUCAUGCAGUGAAGAACUUUUCAAAAGCCGAAUGCCUUGGCACCAGGGAAGUGCUGAGUGAAGAAAAUGAAAUUCAACCCACCGGAAAAGUCUUUAAAAAGUUGAUAUUGGGGAACUACAAAUGGAUUACGUAUGAAGAAAUCGAUGUUCAGGUGAAUCACUUGGGCAGUGGCCUAGCUGCUUUGGGACAAGAACCAAAGAACACAAUUGCCAUUUUCUGUGAGACGAGGGCCGAAUGGAUGAUUGCAGCUAAUGCUUGUUUCCGAUACAAUUUUCCAUUGGUGACCUUCUAUGCCACACUUGGAGAAGAUGCUGUGGUUUAUGGACUAAAUCAAUGUGACGCCACUCAUCUCAUUACAAGCGUGGAACUUCUUGAAACUAAACUCAAGGGUAUUUUAUCGCAGCUUCACAAUCUGAAGCAUGUCAUUUAUGUUGAUAAAAAGAACAUCCAGACAGCCGAUUAUCCUAAAGAAAUCCAGAUUCACAGCUUAGAGUCUGUUCAGGAGAUGGGAGCCAAACCUGAACACUUAAGUGUUCCUCCAUCUCGUCCUAGUUCUUCUGAUCUUGCAGUUAUUAUGUAUACCAGUGGUUCAACUGGCAUUCCAAAAGGAGUCAUGAUUGAUCAUAGUAAUCUAAUAGCUGGUAUGUCUGGACAGUGUGAAAGGAUACCAGGUCUAGGCCCAAAAGACACAUACAUUGGAUAUCUGCCUUUAGCUCAUGUUCUGGAAAUGACAGCUGAGAUCUCCUGUGUCACAUAUGGCUGUAGAAUUGGUUAUUCUUCUCCACAAACCCUAUCAGAUCAGUCAACAAAAAUCAAGAAGGGAAGCAAAGGAGACUGCUCUGUACUGAAACCUACGCUCAUGGCUGCUGUACCAGAAAUUAUGGAUAGAAUCUACAAGAAUGUGAUGAGCAAAGUGCAGGAGAUGAAUUACAUCCAGAAAACUCUCUUUAAACUAGGCUACGACUAUAAACUUGAACAAAUUAAACGAGGAUUUGAUGCCCCACUUUGUAAUAUGCUUUUAUUCAAAAAGGUGAAAUCAUUGUUAGGUGGCAAUGUGCGAAUGAUGCUCUCAGGUGGUGCCCCACUAUCACCAGCCACCCAACGCUUCAUGAAUAUCUGUUUCUGCUGUCCUGUUGGACAGGGCUAUGGAUUGACAGAGACCUGUGGAGCAGGGACAAUCACAGAAGUUGCAGAUUACAGCACUGGGCGGGUGGGGGCCCCUCUCAUCUGCUGUGAAAUCAAGCUGCGGGACUGGAUUGAAGGUGGAUAUACAGAUAUGGACAAACCUAACCCCCGUGGGGAAAUUUUGAUUGGAGGACCAAAUGUCACAAAAGGAUAUUACAAAUGUGAUAAAGUUGGUGAAGAUUUUUUUGUGGAUGAAAAUGGACAGAGAUGGUUUUGCACAGGAGAUAUUGGAGAAAUUCAUCCAGAUGGAUGCCUUCAAAUAGUCGAUCGCAAAAAAGACUUGGUAAAACUACAGGCUGGAGAGUAUGUGUCCCUUGGAAAAGUAGAAUCUGCCUUAAAGAACUGCUCACUGAUCGACAACAUCUGCGCUUAUGCAAACAGUGACCAGAACUAUGUGAUCAGCUUUGUGGUACCAAAUCAAAAGAAAUUGACCGCUUUGGCAAACAAGCAAGGAAUUCGAGGCUCUUGGGAAGAGAUCUGCAACCAUCCCAGCAUGGAGGCUGAAGUUCUUAAAGAAAUCAAACAAGUAGCAGCUUCAAAUGCUGUAAAAUUAGAACGGUUUGAAAUCCCUGUAAAGGUUCGCUUGAGUCCUGAACCGUGGACCCCAGAGACUGGACUGGUUACAGAUGCAUUCAAACUGAAACGGAAAGAGCUGAAAAACCAUUAUCUUAAUGAUAUAGAGAGAAUGUAUGGGGGGAAGUAACCACAAACUCUUAUAUCGUUAAAUUGUGGAGUAGGCACAUUUGAUGUCAAUUCAUGAUUUCUUAAACUGUGGCAUUUUCAGUCUUUAAACUGUACUUCAACUUUUGUUGUUAAAAUGGUGGUCAUAUGAUCUCUUGAAUAUUACAGAUGGUCAUAUUGCUUUUGCCGGUCUCUCUCAAAACAUUUCCAGCUUUCAGUAUACUCUGUGGUACUGUCCAUUACUUCUCUAGUGACUAGCUCCUAGAUUUACUUUAGAUUCGUGAAACCUGUAAAUAAAGUGACCAUGUAUCAAUGUAAAUUUUAUAAAAAAAAUAUAUAUAUAUACUUAAGGUUAAAAGUUGAAAACACGUGUUUAAACUGCCAUUCAUUUUCUAAGUUUUGUACUUUGAGCUUUUGUAACUACUGUGUCUAUAGGCACUGUUUAGUGUUUCAUACAUACAUUCUCAUCUUUGAGAAUAUUUUUUUUUUGUUGUUAAAAAGGGAGAAAGUAAUAUCUUCUUAUUUUAAAUAAGUUAUUAAAAUGACCAAAUGCAGUGUACAAAGUGAUUGUUUUUAGAGUUGUUUAGGGGAUGCAGAUAUCUGUUUAUGGCAGUGUAAUAUUCGCACAAAGUCCUGAUGUAUAUUAUAUUUUUAUCCUGCCAUUCACGGUUUGCAAUGAUUAGUCAUGCGGACAGGUUAUUCUUGAGCAAGAAUUGCACAGCAUCAUAAUAUUUGACUUUGAACUCGUGCACUCUACAAAUAUUUCUUUCUAUAAAACAGAGCAAGAUGCUUAUUUGAAAUAUCAUUUUUUAAUUUUCUGCACGUUUAUUAUAUGUAUUUUAGUUGCAUUUUGAGAAAUACGUAUAUAUUUUUUCUACUGUGUAAAUCAUAUUUAUUCUACAAAAGUCAUUUUGAGAUGCUUGUGUUGGGCAAGCAACAUUGAAGACCGUGCUGUUUUAUUUUUUUUUAUCUGACCAAACAGAAGAGGCCUGAAUUAACCCAGUUUUACAAAUAAUGCCUGGCCAAUUCUGGAUGACGAAUGCAACAACAACUAUUUGCCUACUUUUUUAAGUUGAUGCUGUACUGUAGGUAAUAUAUACCAUAUAUACUCAUGUAUAAGUCGGGUCUAGAAACCCGAAAAAUUGAUCAUAAAAUCAGACCCCAACUUAUACUCCCGUUCAAAAAUGCUACCCUUACAUUUUUUUUAAACAUCUUCUUCCUUCCUCCAAUCUCACUCAGACACAUCACAUUUUGUUGCAGCUGUGCAGUUACCAAUUUCUUUCAUCACUUCAAUGACUUUUAAUUUAAAACCAGCUUCAUAUUUUCUUGUGAUUGAAUGCUCCGUCAUAGAUAAGGGAUGCUCUUACGAUAAAGGUGUAUGAGAUACAAAUAACACUAAAUAGGGCAAACGUCGCUUUCGAAUAGUUUGGGUAUUACCGUGUCGUCAUGCAGGCACAGUACUUAGGGGAAAAAAAGGCACUGUGCUCCGUGGUUACUCUCUCAGGUGGGCGUUAGCAUAUCAUAAUCUCUUUGACCAAUAGCACGAGUUUUCCGCAUUUGACUUAUAC